GUAUCACUAAUUGUCCCAAUAUGUAGAAGUGGUACUAGGGUUUUCUUUUGCAAUGGCCAGAACAAAGAUCACAGCUAUAGCAUCCCCUGUAACACAACAACCUGAUGCAGGAAUGGCCAAAACAAAGAUACCAGCUACAACAUCUGUGAAAAACAAACAACCUGCUGGUUAUGUUUCUCGGCAGGUAGCAGUCCGCUUGGGGACUCUAGUGAUUCUGGUGCUGGCCUAGUAAGAAACGGCCACGUGAUGAGGUAGCCAAGAGUUUCAAGAAGGAGAAGAAGCAACGGACU